AUGUCUGCCUGUAACACCUUUACUGAACACGUUUGGAAACCUGGUGAAUGCAAGAAUUGCUUUAAACCUAAAAGCUUGCACAAGCUCCCUCCAGAGCCUGAGGAGACAGCCAUCACCCACAGCCAUGUGAAAACUAAUGCCAAUCACAGUAACAACCACCAUAUCAGGAACACUGCAAAUUUCCGGCCUCCUGUUGCUAAAAAACCCACUAUAGCUGUGAAGCCCACUAUGAUGGUGGCAGAUGGGCAAAGUGUAUAUGGUGAGCUUAACAUCCAAGGACACUGUGAGAACACACCUGUCAUUAUAGAGAGGAACCGAAAUAGGACAGCCUUGAAUCAGAAACCACUCAAUAAUAAUAAUGAAGAUGAUACUGAAGGCGUUAGCCAUGUUUCUAAACCUUUUGGCAAUAAUGACAGUGCAAAGAAAAUAUCAAAUAACAAUAAUGGGCUAACUGAAAUGUUGAAGGAGAUAGCAGGCUUGGAUACUACUCCUCAGAUAAGAGUAAAUGAAACAAAUGCCAAAGAAAUAUUCUUAGGAAGAAUAAAUGAUUGCUAUAAACGAUCUUUGGAAAGAAAGCUUCCACCAAGUUGCAUGAUGGUUGGGAUAAAGGAUACUCAGGGCAAGCAUGUUAUUCUAAGUGGGAGCACAGAAGUGAUCAGUAAUGAAGGGGGCCAGUUCUGUUACCCAGAGUUUUCUAGUGCAGAGGAGUGUGAGGAAGAUGUACUUUUCAGUAACAUGGAAGAGGAGCAUGAAAGCUGGGAUGAAAGUGAUGAAGAGCUGUUGGCCAUGGAGAUUCGUAUGAGAGGACAACCUCGAUUCGCUAACUUUAGGGCAAACACCUUGUCUCCUGUUCGAUUCUACGUGGACAAAAAAUGGAAUACUGUUCCUCUGCGAAAUAAGUCUCUGCAGAGAAUCUGUGCUGUAGACUAUGAUGAUAGUUAUGAUGAAAUCCUGAAUGGUUAUGAAGAGAAUUCUGUGGUCUCCUAUGGACCAGGAAGCAUUCAGAGCAUGGCAUCAUCUGACUCCACAUCACCAGAUUCUUGUUUAACAGAAGAAUCACGUUCUGAGACAGCCAGUAGUUUAUCCCAGAAGAUCUGUAAUGGGGGAAUAUCUCCUGGUACCCAAGGAGAUUCUAAGGACAUGAAGGAAAGUGAGCCUAAUUAUGAAAGUCUUUCUGGUAACCAUCAAGAGGAUUCGUCACAAGCAUCCAAAGGCUCAGAUAAAGUUCCAGAGACACACAAAGCAGUCCUUGCUCUCAGAUUAGAAGAGAAAGAUGGCAAGAUUGCUGUACAAACUGAGAAGCAAGAAAGAAAAGCCUCUACAGAUACUGCUGGGCAAGCAGUAAUCAUAAACCUCAUUCCUGUACAAGAGCAAGCAAAGCCUUACCGCAUAGUGAAUCUUGAGCAGCCGUUGUGCAAGCCAUAUACUGUUGUAGACGUGUCAGCAGCGAUGGCUAGUGAGCACCUUGAGGGCCCUAUUAACAGCCCCAAGACAAAAAGCUCAUCUUCUACUCCAAACUCUCCGGUGACAUCACCUAUAUCAACAUCAGGACAACUAAGUGCCCAUUUCCAAAAAUCCAGUGCAAUUCGAUACCAGGAAGUAUGGACCUCCAGUACCAGUCCACGACAAAAGAUACCUAAGGUGGAAUUAAUUAGUGGUGGAACUGGAUCAAAUGUCCCUCCAAGGAAAAACUGUCACAAAUCAGCACCUACUUCACCCAUUGCUGCAAGUGUUUCCUCUAAAACCAUCCCUGUUAAGUCACCUAAUUUGUCUGAAAUAAAAUUUAAUAGUUAUAACAAUGCUGGUAUGCCUCCUUUUCCAAUUAUCAUUCACGACGAGCCAACUUAUGCUCGGAGUUCCAAAAAUGCUAUCAAAGUUCCCAUUGUAAUUAAUCCAAAUGCAUAUGACAAUCUAGCCAUUUAUAAAAGUUUUCUUGGAACAAGUGGAGAACUUUCAGUGAAAGAAAAAAGCACAAGUAUGAUAAGCCAUACUUAUGAAGAAAUAGAAACUUCAAGCAAAGUGUCUGAUGACACCACUGGCAAUCUCACUGACUGUCCCCAAGCUAAAGGGUUUUCAAAUAGCACAGAAUGUAAAAGGGGCUCAGUGGCUCAGAAGGUCCAGGAGUUUAACAGCUGUCUUAACAGAGGUCUGCCUUCCCCACAGAGAAGCUGUAGUUCCAGCCACAGCUCCCCAACUAAGAUCCAGAGAACCACUCAAGAACCUGUUGCCAGAACAGAAGGCAUUCAGGAGUCUCAGAUGGUGGGCAGUGGCAGCAGCAACAAAGAGAAUGCAAGCAUGGUGCUUUCUCAAAUUGUGGCUUCUAUCCAACCCCCACAGUCCCCUCCAGAAAUGUCUCAGUCAGGUCUUAAAACUUGCAGUGUGGAAGAGCUUUAUGCAGUUCCUCCCGAGGUUGAUGUUGCUAAAAGUACACCAGUCCGGCCAAAAUCUCUCUUUCCAUCUCAGGCCAGUGGUGAGCAUGAAGCAUCUCAGACCACAGAAAAUCUUACCACUAAAGUACAGAAAGAUCCACUGGCAAAGCAAGUCACAACCUCUCCCUCCAAGUUAGUGAUUAACCCCCAGAGUGAGCCAUCACCUCCUUUUCCUCCACCACGUUCUACGUCCUCCCCUUACCAUGCAAGUAACCUUUUGCAGAAGCAUUUCACCAACUGGACCAAGCCAACCAGCCCUACUAGGUCAACAGAAGCUGAAUCUGUUUUGCACUCUGAAGGCAGCAGGCGGGCAGCUGAUGCAAAACCUAAACGCUGGAUAUCAUUUAAAAGUUUCUUCCGUCGUCGGAAAACAGAUGAGGAGGACGACAAAGAGAAAGAACGAGAGAAAGGGAAACUGGUGGGUCUGGAUGGCACAGUCAUCCACAUGCUGCCCCCUCCUCCAGUUCAGCACCAACACUGGUUCACAGAGGCAAAAGGAGAGUCCAGUGAGAAGCCAGCCAUCAUCUUCAUGUACAGGUGUGACCCUGCCAAAGGCCAGCUCAGUGUAGAUCAAAGUAAGGUCAGAGCAGACCAGUCAGCAAUCAUGGAGAAGGGUGGAACACAGGAUGGGUUACUACAGGUCUCAGAGGAGGAGAAGAAGAAAAGGAGUUAUUCUUCUCCAUCACAGAUUCCUAAAAAAAUUCUCAGUCAUGUGACCCAUGAAGUGACAGAAGAUUUUUCUCCUUGGGAUCCAAGAACUGUUGUUAUGAAGCAAGAUGGUGGAGGCUGCACACCAGCACUGCCCCUACCUGAACUGGAAAGGGAAGAGGAAAAAGAAGACAUUUCAGAUCCUACAGACCUGAAUCCUUGUAGUGCAAUAUACAGCAACUUAGGGCAAUCUAGAGCAGCUAUGAUACCUCCCAAGCAUCCACGGCAGCCUAAGGGGACUUUGGAUGAUGCCAUAACCUUUGGUGGGAAAACAGACCAAGAAGCACCUAAUGCUUCCCAAGCUGAACCACCCCCACUGCCAAAGAAAAUGAUCUUAAGAGCCAACACAGAGCCAAUCUCCAAAGACCUCCAAAAAUCUAUGGAAACUAGUCAUUGUGUCAUGGCUAAUCCCACCUAUGAUAUCGAUCCCAACUGGGAUGCCAGCAGUGCUGGCUCUUCCAUCAGUUAUGAACUCAAGGGACUGGACACUGAGUCUUACGAAUCCUUAGAGAGACCUUUACAGAAGGAGCGACCAGCAGCAAACAGCAUUUCCAGUUUAACCACUCUCAAUAUUAAGGAUAGGUUUUCCAACAGUAUGGAGUCCCUGUCCAGUCAACGUGGUCCCUCUUGGAGACAGGGCCAAGGCAUCCUGAAGCCACAGAGACAUGCACUUUAUCGAGGACUUGAGAAUCGGGAAGAAGUGGUGGGAAAAAUCCGAAGCCUUCAUACAGAUGCCUUAAAGAAAUUGGCUAUUAAAUGUGAAGACCUCUUUAUGGCUGGGCAGAAAGACAAACUCCGUUUUGGGAUGGACAGCUGGUCAGAUUUCAGGCUAACCAGUGACAAGCCAUGUUGUGAGGCAGGUGAUGCAGUUUACUACACAGCUUCAUAUGCAAAAGAUCCACUUAGUAGUUACGCAGUCAAGAUCUGUAAGAGCAAAGCUAAAGAAUCUCAGCAGUAUUAUCACAGCUUAGCUGUUCGGCAGAGUCUGGCCGUCCAUUUUAAUAUCCAGCAGGACUGUGGUCAUUUCCUUGCUGAAGUCCCUAAGCGUCUGCUUCCCUGGGAGGAUCCUGAUGCCCCUGAAGAGGAAGAGAAUGAAAUACAGGAAAAUGAAGAAGAAAUGAAAGAAGAAAUUGGUGGGGAAAGCCCAGAGUCCUGCUUUGAAAUAGAGUCAUCCCAGAAAGAAAGCGAGGGAGUCAUUAGCAAGAAGCAGAGAAGUCAUGUUGUAGUCAUCACCAGAGAAGUCCCCUAUCUCACCGUGGCUGAUUUUGUGCAGGACUCUCUAAUCCAGCAUGGGAAAAGCCCUGAUUUGUAUGAGAGGCAAGUGUGUUUGCUGCUGUUACAGCUGUGCUCCGGCCUUGAACACCUCAAACCCUACCACGUCACUCACUGCGAUCUACGUCUGGAGAACCUGCUGCUUGUCCACUACCAGCUAGGGGGAACCACCCAGGGCCUUGGGCCUAAAGAACUUAAUCCCACCUCAUCUUGUCUCACAAGGCUUAUAGUAAGCAACUUCUCUCAGGCCAAGCAGAAGAGCCACCUGGUGGAUCCUGAGAUCCUCCGUGACCAGUCCCGCCUUGCCCCAGAGAUCAUAACAGCCACCCAGUACAAAAAGUGUGAUGAGUUCCAGACAGGGAUCCUCAUCUAUGAGAUGCUACACCUGCCCAACCCAUUUGAUGAGAAUCCAGAACUGAAGGAGAAGGAGUACACUCGAGCAGAUCUGCCUCAAAUCCCACUCCGCUCCCCUUAUUCUUGGGGCCUUCAGCAGCUGGCCAGCUGCCUCCUGAACCCCAACCCUUCUGAGCGUAUUCUCAUUUCAGAUGCUAGAGGUAUUCUUCAGUGUCUGCUCUGGGGCCCCCGGGAAGAUCUCUUUCAGGCUUUUACCACUGCCUCCAGCCCAGUGCAGAGGAAUGCCCUGCUCCAAAACUGGCUGGACAUCAAGCGAACAUUGCUGAUGAUCAAGUUUGCUGAAAAGUCCCUGGAUAAAGUGGGUGGGAUCAGCCUUGAGGACUGGUUAUGUGCUCAGUAUUUGGCUUUUGCCACUCCAGAUUCCCUCAGUUGUAUUGUAAAAAUCCUGCAACACCGUUAA